AUGUUGUCCAGGGAGAGCAGAGAGCAGCCAGUGAUCUUCUGUGCCGUGCUGAUCACUCUCUGCAGAGCUCUCCUUUCUGCUACUGUGCAACCAGCGUAUCACACCGUGAUGCAGUACCCCCAGAAUGCUCUCCACGGUGGCUCUGUAGAGGGCCACAAGAAGCUUCUCCUCCAGAUUGUUUCUCCUGAGCACCCUCAGGAAGUGGAGUCGCUGCUGGGCCUUCUUUACCACCGCCUUGGGGGACUUACCUCGAACGACACAGAACCCCCAGAGGAUGACCAACCGUCAACCAAUCGAAGCUACAAGGACGAUAUAGACUUUGAGUGUGCCAGAAACUCUCAUGAUAUAAUAAGACACCUGGGACUGACCCAAAAUAACAACCUGUUCAGCAUGACCCGGCCUGCUAAGAACCAGACCCAAACCACAGAAGUACAUAUAGACAUGAUACUCUCUGCCAUCAUUGACGUGGUAAAAAAGGAGCAGGUGUUUGUUUCUAAAGUUUGGGUUUAUCAGCAUUGGAUCGAUGAAUACAUCCGUUGGGAGCCAGAAAAGUUCUGUUUUAUAAUGGAACUUUCUCUUCGCUCCGAUCUGCUGUGGAAGCCGGAUUUAACCAUUGAAGAGAUGGUGGAGAAAGACAAGGCUGCCCAGUCUCCUUAUCUCUGGGUUUCCUAUCGUGGAGAUGUUGCAUUCAUGAGCAACAUGGUUCUGGUCACCAGCUGCUAUAUGCAAGUCUAUAAAUUCCCCUUCGACACUCAGAGCUGCAACCUCACCUUCAAGUCUGUCAUAUACUCAGAGACUACGUUGAGACUUGUUCAGUCCGGCAGCUCAAAGUUGUCAGCAGAAUGGUCCAAAGAGAGGACAGGAACCCAGUCUGACUGGCUUUUAGUCAAGAUCACAUCUACCAACAACAUAUCAAAACCUGACAUCCUUAACAGCAUGAUUGUUUACACUAUCACCAUGAAGAGACGGUCUGUCCUCUACGUGGUCAACCUGAUCAUACCGGUCCUGUUGUUCCUGUGUCUGGAUUUGGCCUCCUUCAUGAUCUCAGAGAGCGGGGGAGAGAAGCUGGGCUUUAAGGUCACUGUGUUGCUUGCUGUCACAGUGAUGCAGCUCAUUCUGAAUGAAAUCCUGCCCUCCUCUUCAGACAGGAUUCCUCUUAUAGCCGUCUUCUGUGUUGGUAUUUUUGGUUUGAUGAUGCUGAGCCUCUUGGAGACGAUUUUGGUGAUGCAUCUGAUUGAGAAAGAUUCUGCGACCAAAGACAAUGAGGCCAGAGGAGACCAAAACCUGAGCGACGACUGUGGGGACGAAAGAGGCAAAGUCUGCUGUCAUCACUGGUUUACAGACAUCAGGAAAAGGACUCACCGCGUGUCUGCCUGUACUGAAGGGUCUACUGGUGAGGUGCCAUCUGAACUGCUCCCAGUGACAAAGGAGGCCAGCAGCAGCCAGCUGACUGAGGACUCCUGUGACUCUGAAGAGGUGCUGACAGCACUCCUCAGCAGCAUGAAGGAGCUGAUGACUGAGAGGUCUCUGCUCCUCAGCAGCAGGAGGGAAGAAGGACAGACGGGCUACUGGACCAGAAGGGCCCAGACCAUCAACAGGGUUUUCUUUAUUUUCUACACCAUAGCUGCCUGUCUGUUUGUAGCCUCCAUGUUUUACUGCUGGAAUCAAGAAGAAGACAUUUAGCUCGAAAUGAUGAA